AUGAAGUUUCUAUCCUGUUUUGCUGCCUUUAUAGCAGUGGCUAACGCAAAAAUUGUUACCUUGCCCGUAAAAGGCCAAAAUUUACCAAGUGGAUGGAAGCUGGAGAGGAGGGCUAACCCAGCUGAAAAGAUUGACCUUUCAGUUGAACUUAAACAGCCUGGGUUAGUUGAGUUGAAAGCUCGAUUGGCAGCGAUCAGCCAACCAGAGAGUAUCGAUUAUGGCAAGCAUCUCACGAAAGACGAGGUGGACUUCUAUCAACAACCAGAUGCACAUGCACUGCGGUCGGUAACGUCCUGGCUCAGGGACAACGGGAUACUCAACGUUAGGCUUGAGGGCUCAUCCAUCAAAUUUCGGUCCUCUGUGGGCGCAGUCAGAGAUCUCGUUGAGGCAGACAUAGGACACUUCUCAUAUAGAAGAUCUUCGACACACUUGCGCGCAACUUCAUAUUCGAUACCGGACCAUCUUGCCCAACACAUUCGCUUUAUCCACCCACUAUCGCACUUUGCACAGCCGGUACCUUCAAAUUCGAAGGGUGUUACUGGACGGGAUAUACCCCGACAAAGUGGUGCAACGCGAAAUAACGUUGUGCGUCGACCAUGCGUUGACGGAGUCACCCCUGACUGCCUCCGAAAACUAUAUCAUCUCCCCAGCUCGAACAGUACAGAAUUUUCCAAUGGUACGCCGAAGACGCGCUUCGCAGUGGCUGGUUUCCUAGAGCAGCACGCUCACUACGACGACUUGUCGGUUUUCAUGCAGAAAUAUGCCCCCGAUAUCCACGCGACAGGCUACAACAUCUCUGUAUCACUCCUGAAUGCCGCCACGAAUCCCCAGUCACCGCCGGAGGCAGCUGGCACAGAAGCCAGUCUAGACCUGGAGUAUGCUACGACGCUUGGUUAUCCUACGGAUGUGACAUAUUGGCUUAUGGGUGGGCGCGGCGAGAAGAUCGAAAAUGGGACACUGGUGCCGAGCGAGGAGAGCCGCAAUGAACCUUUUCUGGAGUUCUUGCAGGACAUGCUCAAGUUGUCGGAUGAUGAAGUUCCACAUGUUCUGAGCAUAUCAUACGCCGAUGAUGAGGACACUGUUCCAAGGGAUUACGCCAUCAAGGUCUGUGACUUGUUCGCGGUACUGUCAGCUCGAGGCACCUCAGUGUUCGCCGCAUCUGGCGACGGUGGCGCGGCAGGCACUGGCCUGGGAGAAUGUUACAGCAAUGAUGGCCACAUGCGAAAGACCUUUAUUCCUACCUUUCCGGCUAGCUGUCCCUAUGUGACAGGCGUUGGCGCCACUGGCUAUACUUUGCCUAUUGAGGGUGCACUCAUCAGCGGGGGCGGGUUUAGCAACAUUUUCGAGACGCCAGAGUGGCAGGACAAGGAUGCCACCGGAUACAUCAAAGCGAUGAACGGUGCGCAUAUGGGAUUUUAUAACCAGACUGGCCGUGCGAUUCCAGAUAUUAGCGCGCCAGGAGAGCUUUUCACUAUCCUUUCCGGCGGAGAAGAGGCCCAGGUGCGUGGGACGAGCGCCAGCACACCCGUGGUCGCAGCAUUAGUGGCCUUGGUCAACGAGGAGAGACUGAAGGCUGGCAAACCAAGUUUGGGUUGGUUGAAUCCUCGGCUUUAUAGUGGUAAGGUGCGCCAGUCGCUUAUUGAUGUGUCAGCUGGGAGCAAUGCACCCUGUAUAUAUGGCAAGAAUGAUACGGAAGAGGGUUUUUCGGCCUACAAAGGUUACGACUGUGUUACUGGGCUGGGAGCUAUUGGUCAAUUCAGUACUUUCUCAGAAGCGCUUGGUUAG